AACAUCUGUCACAGCAGCACUGCAGAUGGACUAAAGCAGCCUCACUCACUGCACUCCCCUCCUCCUCCCCUCCACACACACACACACACACACACACACACACCAUGGAUCCAUGCCUCACCAUCAUCCUCUGCAUUCAGCCCUGAUCCACCGACAGAAUCAACCUGAUUUCCUCUCACUCUUACCGCUGCUUUUUAUUAUUCACAUCACAGUUGUUACAUCUGUGCGGAUCCAGCUGCGGAAUGAAGUCGCUGCUUUUCUCGGCACUGCGGGACAAAGCCAUGAAUCCCUGGCUGCUCUUCGCGCUGCUCGGUCUCUGUUCAGCCAUUGGGCCCAGUAAACAGGAAGAUGAAGACUACGAGGAUGUACCCAUAAAUAAAACCUGGGUGUUAUCGCCAAAGGUCUAUGAGAGUGACGUGACUUUGAUCCUCAAUAAACUGCUUCAGGGCUACGACAACAAACUGCGGCCUGACAUCGGAGUGAGGCCGACAGUGAUUGAAACAGCAGUUUAUGUCAACAGUAUCGGACCAGUGGACCCCAUCAACAUGGAAUACACCAUUGACAUCUUCUUUGCCCAAACAUGGUAUGACAGCCGAUUGAAGUUCAACAGUUCGAUGAAGCUGCUCAUGCUUAACAGUAACAUGGUAGGGAAAAUCUGGAUUCCCGACACCUUCUUCAGGAAUUCCCGCAAAUCCGAUGCCCACUGGAUCACAACUCCCAACCGACUUUUGAGGCUGUGGAGUAAUGGAAGAGUCAUGUACACACUGAGGUUGACUAUUAAUGCGGAGUGUUACCUUAAGCUGCAUAACUUUCCAAUGGAUGAGCACUCGUGUCCGCUGGAGUUUUCGAGCUAUGGUUAUCCAAAAAACGAGAUCACAUAUCGGUGGCAGAGGCGGGCAGUGGAGGUGGCCGACCAGCGUUACUGGAGACUCUACCAGUUUGCUUUUGUAGGGAUGAGGAAUACCACCGAUGAGGCACACACUCAGUCAGGGGAAUAUGUCAUAAUGACAAUAUUUUUUGACUUGAGUCGACGGAUGGGCUAUUUCACCAUUCAGACGUACAUUCCCUGCAGCAUGAUAGUGGUCUUGUCCUGGGUGUCCUUCUGGAUUAACAAGGAUGCCGUCCCAGCUCGGACAUCUCUAGGAAUCACUACAGUCCUCACUAUGACAACUCUGAGCACCAUCUCCAGGAAGUCCCUGCCGAAGGUUUCCUACAUCACUGCCAUGGAUCUGUUCGUCUCUGUCUGCUUCAUCUUCACCUUCGCUGCUCUCAUGGAGUAUGGGACCUUGCACUACUUCACCAGCAACCGGCAGACCAAGAAGUCUAAAGCCAACAGCAGUGCCCAGCAGAGAGUUCCCAGCAUGGUAAAUAUCCGACCUGGAACAUCCCUGUUGCAGAUGAACAACAUCGUUCCAUAUCACGAGGACGAUGACUACGCCUACGAUUGCUUAGAUGGAAAAGACUGUGCCAGCUUCUUUUGCUGCUUCGACGACUGCCGAUCGGGAGCCUGGAGAGAAAACAGGAUGCACGUUCGAGUUUCUAAGAUUGAUUCUUACUCGCGGAUAUUUUUUCCGACUGCUUUUGGCCUUUUUAAUCUAGUUUACUGGAUUGCUUAUCUUUAUUUAUAAAAGAAAAUGUUUAUUUAUAACUGAAAUCAGCUGGAGUUUAACAUUUGCAGGUGCAUCAGCUGCUUUUAGACUAGUUAGAAGUAACUUUGCAAACUUUUGCUUUGAAAAUAUAAAGAGCCUGGCUGCAGAGAGGCAUGGCAUAUUAGUGAUAACAGCUCCAACAUCUUGAUCCUGCACAAUAAGCAGGAAAAAUCCUCAAUGUUAGGCUGAUCUUUUUGUGAAAUUAACCGCAAUAUAAAGUGUUUGCACAUGUAAAACUCCAGUCUCCACAGAGGAACUAUUGCCAUCAGUCUUUAAUACAACAGCCCAAAUGUUUAUUUUCUCUUUGCUACUGUGCAUUGAUAUCAUGCUUUGCACUUUGCAUCUGCAAUUGAGGGAUAUUGUCCCUAUAAUUUGAAGACAGGUUCCUUAAUUUUUCUUCGAAAAGCCAGUAACUUAUCUGAACAAUGGCCAAUUAAUUGUGUUCAGAAUAGUCAGGGAUCGUACCUUUACAAAUACACCUUAAUUGUUUUCUGCGUUUUUCCUGCAGGCUGUCAGGAGUGAUGAUGGUUAUUUUUAUGACAGACAGAUUUUAUACUUUCAUGUAUUAUAUAUUGCAAAAAAAGGUUUGAGUUUAGUCCUGUUCAAGCAAACACAUCAACUGGUAAUUUAACCUUUCCAGCUGUAAACUGAUUGUUUUCUUACUGAAGACGCUCAUAAAAAAAGCUGCACAUCAUUUUAUAAAGGUCUGUGGCAUCUUAAGCACUUCUCAAUAACAUUGUACUUCAGCACAGCAAUAGAGUUUUACAGGCAGCUUUUAGUAGCAGAUUGUUUACGAGAACAGAUACAUGUCUGGAUAAUUUUCUCCUUCAAAUGCAUGCAUUUUUAAAAAAAGGGUGUAAUUUCUUCAAAAAUGUAAGAAAUUCCUUCAAUGAACUUGUAGAUUGGUGUUCUAGAUUACACAUCUUCCAUUUAUUCAUCUUUUGUUUUUAGUUUGAAGAGAGUCUGGCAGCAGGACAGAAAGAUUAAGUUCAGUUCUUCAUUCUGAAAUUAAUUAGAUGUUUACUCCUAUAAAAUGUACCUUGAGAGAGGAAAAGUUGGGAUCACAAGAAGGCCAUUUUAUGCUUUGUCUCAUAUGCAUUCAGUGCUAUUCAAGCAUUCAUACAUCUUAGAAUGUAAAACACUAAUUUGUAGUUUUUCCCACUUUGUGAUUUAAAAAAAAAACCUCCAAAAACUUAAAAGAUGUUCAGUCAUUGGAGACAUUAUGGAUAUCAAGCCAUGAAAAGUUUCAGGUGACAUUUUGUCCACAAAUUCAUCCUAAGGUGACAACAGUAAGCAGUUGUCACAGUUUUGGUUUAUAAACCAAAAUACAACCAAAUUUGUUUCUGAAUUCAUGAGGGUUUUUAUGUUGCACAGGAGCUCUAAUCAUAUUUGUCUAUGGUAAUGGAAUUUCAAGCCUUGUUAAUAUGAAUUGUUUUAUUAUCAAAAAGUGAGAAUUUAUUAUUUGCUUAAACCUAAUGAUAAUUUCUUGUAAAUAUUUAGAAAACAUUUUAAGCAUGCAGCUGUAAAAUGUAUGCAAACUUUACAAAUCUGCAUUUAAUGGCCAACUAUUAUCAUAUUAAAAGCAACAUAACCACAACUUUUUUUUUUUUUAAAUGACAUAAGAUGCAAAUAAAUCUGCAUUUCCACUUUUUUCUGACCAGAUAAGCAAUUUUAAAGUUUUAUGACAAAAAUCAUUUUGAGUCAUUUCCUUUUAGAAACAGGAAAGCACUACUAUUUGUGGAUGAUGACAUCUGUCCAUCCAUUAUCUGUGGAAGCUUGUAACUAUGACUUAAAUCAAUACAACCAUUGUUUUCUUUGAUAAAGAAAUAGACUUUGUUAACUGUAAUAUGUGGCAUUUAAUUGCAACAGAGAAAAUCCAAGGAUAAUCUACACAGGAAACUUUGGUGAGCUACGUGGAAGUAAAUAGAUGAAGAGGCCAGAUUUCUCCCCAGCUUCCAAAAUCAUCUGCAUUUCAGAUAUCCUCCUUAGAUGACAAGCAGAAAGGAAAGAAAUAAGCAAAAGUUGAGUGAAGAUGACACAGAACAUAGAGAGAGAUAGCUUCUGCAAGGAGUCAAAAGCCAAACCACAAAUUACCGGUUGUGUGAUGAUAUUGUGUGUUCUUUGCGCCAUUAAAAUUGUCUUCUGAUGUCCACAGAUCACUUCACUGAAAAUACCAAUAAGUCACCUCUCCAAAUGUUCCUCCUGAAUGUUUGCCAAUAAUAACUUGCUGUAGACAUACCUGAACUAAAAUGACGGAGAGAAAAUUUGACUGCGGCCUACUUUUGAAUAUUUUCACUUCCCUUCUAUUGACUUUAAGUGGCUUUUGGAGCCAUUGGCAGCUACAUACACAAGUGUAGUAAAAUUUGUGAGUAAAAAAAAUGAUUAUUUGGAAAAAUGUAAGACUUUCACAAUCACUGAUGGUGGGCUCAUCUUGGGUGGUGAUUCGUUAGGUCUCCAGGCUACUGAACUCUUUCACGUAUUUUACAAAAAACAAGAAAGCCAUCAAUGACUAUUAUUUUUUUCUAAACUACAAAACUAUUUGAUAACAGGACUGAAGUGAAAUUUUUUAUAAAUGGAACAAAGAAAAAGUCAGAUUUGUCCAUCUUUAAGGGAAAUUGUUCAUUCUGAUUAAAUCAAAUCAGAAUAUGAAAGGUUUUAAACAUUAGACAGAAUUCAUGUUGCCUGAGACAAAAUGUUCUUGAGUAAAACAGAGAUAUUGAAUCAGGAAUAUACUGGCAUCUAUGCAAGCAUACAUAGUUUUAGGAAAACUGCAAGUUCAUUUGGUCAAAAUGAAUAUUGCACAACUCAUUAAUCAGAUAUCUUAUUUGCAUACCAACUGGUAGUUAACGUGAUACAUGAACUGACUGUGGACAAGUCAGGAAAAGAGCAUCUAAACUAAAGUUAAUUGAAAAUACAGUUUAAACUUUAAAGACAAGUUUGUGUCUCAUCCCAUGUCUUCUUCAUUUCACUCGGUGCAUCCCUUAGCUUUCCAUUGCACUUUAUUUGGUUUAAGCUUUAACACUAAACUGAUUAAAUAGCUUGCGUAAAAAAUGAGGCACAUAUACUUUAUCCAUGCAGCACAGAACGUGAUUUAUACUUUUUGAUUUUCUUCCACAGACUUAACAACAGUCCUCUACAGGUGCAGGCUGCAGUAUAUUACCACUGCACAAGAGGGCAUUUUCUUAGCAUGAGUUAAAGCUUGUUGUGUUAUUCAUAUUUAUCUAUAGAACACUUAUUUAUACAGUGUUUCAGUGCUACAGUGCUACACUUAACAUAUUUUAAGUGUAGAAAAAUGUGAUUUUGCAAAAUUAAGCAAGAAACAAGCAUGAAGUGUAGAACCGAGUGAUGUUCUACAAAACUACUCUGGUUUUGCUAAAAAGUAACUCUUGUAUUAAAUAAUAUUUGCUUUUGUUCUCACAGGAAUUUAUAAUUUAAUAUUAGCUAACAUACAGCCAUGUUAUCAAGUUAUUAUGAGAUUAAAGAGUUUAUUUUCUCAUGAGAGGAAUAAAUUAUUUUAAAAUCAACAUAAAAUAAUUGUUUGCAUAUCAGAAGCCAGGACAAUUAUGCUGCCAACUGAUUACCCUGAAAAUGUUGUUAACUGCUGUGGCCUGCAGGGACAGAUCAUCCACUGACGGAAGGAUAAUGCUCUUCAACUGGAUCUAAUACUGAACAAUUAAUUUCUGUAUUAUAGUAUAGAUCUAAAUCAGAAGUGGGUUGUUUUUUUUUUAGCAUUUUUUCCUUCUUAAUGAGAUAAAACAAUACUGACAUAAAAACAAUCUAUUUUUUGAGAUAAAGAGAAAACUAACGUGGUUAUUUUGACGUGAGAAAUAAUACAUUUAUUACGGCAAGAUAACAAAAUUAAACAUGUUAUUUAAUGGAUAUUACUGGAAAAUACGAGAUAUUUCAUUGAGAUAAGACAAAGCAAGCUUUGUUUCCUCCAAAUAAGACAUUAAUAAGACACUGCUCCUCACUAGCUGAUAAAGAAAGCUUUGUUUCUCUCGACAAGAUGAAAUUAGAUGUUUUCUAGAGGUAACAGGAACAUGUUCCCACAAGAUAAAGAGAAAACUAACAAGGUCAUGUCAACUUAAAUCAAUGCAAGCUGUAUUUUAUUCGGAAUACAACAUGAAUUUUGUUUUCAGGAAAUAGAAUAAGCUUUGCUAUUUUGUUUUAUUGGGUAAUGCAACAAAAUAAAAAUGAAUAAAUAAAUAAAAGCUUUGUUUACCAGAGAUAGUAUGAAUCAGGCUCUUUGUUCUCAAUUAAGACAAUAAUACACACAUAAUAAGAAAUCACAUCAGAUUUCACAAAUGCAAGAAACAGAAACAAUAUUUCCACAAGAGGGGUAAUCCAACUGGAUAGUAAUUGGUCCAGAUGGUGCUAAUGUUGAUUUUGACAGUAGACGCUAUAUACCUCAUAUAAACACAAGCAAUGCAUUAAAUUCUUUAUUUAUGUACAGAUGGUAAAGAGCUUAAGUCUUGUAUGGAUGUCAGGGUGGAGCGUAAUUAAAAACUAAUCAAAUAAGACUUUAAGGGAAUUUUCGGGAUCUAGACAGACUCUUAGUCCUUGAUUUUGAGGAUGUGUAAAUCUUACAAUCUUUAAAUUGUUAAAUAAUAAAACAUAUCAAAUCUCCUACCAUUUGGAGCAGAUUUGUUGAAACUGAAACUGUUGAAAUAAAUUGUAGAGAUGUAACUUAUAUUCUUAAGUCUUAUCAUGAUGAUGCACUAAAAUAUUUUUGGUUACAUUGCAGAAACUCUUCUCUAACCAUGGUACCGUUUUGUUUUUGUAUUUAUUUCUAUAUUGUGACAUAUUCCAAACUACAAUGGUAAUCUGGUAAUGAUUUAAAGGCAUAAUCUCAAUUAGACUACAACUAAAUGAAAUCAUAUUACAUCAAUAUGGCCAACUUGUUUGAAAUUACAAUAUAAUCAAAUUUGUCGUUGUACCGUGAAAUUAGCAUUUUCUUUGCAACUCUAUUUCCGCUUUGCCUCGGCUUAAAAAAACAAGCUUUCAUCUCCAUGUCAGGCUUUAAAAACUGUAUAAAUGACUGCCAGCUGAACUUUUUAAAAUGUAUUUAAAAGCUACUCUGAAACUCCAGCAUAUCAUGUCAUUUUUUUCAUAUUCCUUUUUGCAAGUAUCGUAAAAAAAUCAAAUGCUGUAAUUGUCAGCCCAGCAUCUUCAGAAACUUGAUCAUUCAUCGCACUAACGAUCUGCAAAGAGCUAAAAAUCUCAUAAAACUCAAGCCAUAUUAAAGCGUUGGUCAUAUAUAUGUGUGCAAAAUCAUUCUCUGUAAAUGUUGCUCAUGUUGUAUUGUGACUACUAACUCAAUACACUGUGACAAAAUAAAACAGUGCCUAUAAAAUCCAA